AUGGGUGGCAAGGUGGGCAGAAAGGAAGAACAGGGGGCAGGUUUGGAGAGCUUCCAGAGGUGGGAGAGGAUUGAAAUUACUACUGUUCGUAUUACCAUCACUUUAUAUGUUUUUGAAAUCCCAGACCAAAAUUUCCAAAUUGCGAACAUAUUUUUCAAAAUAACUCGAGCUGCUCGCAGGAAACAGGACCUGCCCUCUCUUCCUUCCCAGAGAUACCUCGGCUCCCCAGUCCCCAGAGCGCGGGCACACUGGGCAUGCUCGUCGGGGCGGGCGGCCAGCGGGGAGCGGGCUUGGUCGGCCCCGCGCCUCUACCUGAGCCGGGCCCGCCCCCCGCGCACCGGCCCGGUCGGGCACCUGGCGGGCGCAGAGGACACAGCACAGGGAGGAGACGCCGGGCGAGGCGGGUGCAGCGGGGCCGCGCUUGGCGUUCCGGAGCCGCGGCCGAACUUUUCUCCGAGAAGUCUCACAUUUGGGGGCCGGAGGAGCGGGACGGGGAGGGGAGAGCGGAGUUCCUGGAAGGAGCAGCCGCCGCCGCUCCACAACAUGGCCUCCUCCGCCUCCUCUUCUCCAGCUGGCGCCGAGGGCACCCCUCCUGCUCAGGGUGACUAUGGAGCCUACAGUUCACGAAGCUCUAGAAAGGGCCUUUGAAGAACUGUGCUUCGUCUAUUCUGCCUGUGCUCUACAAAUACAACAACAGAGCCUGGAUGACAGCACAUCUGUCAACAACACGGUUUACUGAAUAUUUUAAGCCCACUAUUGAGACCUACUACUCAGAAAAGAAAGAUUCCCUUUGAAUUAUUACUGCUCACUGACAAUGCACCUGGUCACCCAAGAGCACUUAUGGAGAUGAGCAAUGAGAUUAAUAUUGUUUCCAACAAUACCAUCCUGCUAACAUACCAUCCAUUAUGCAGCCCGUGGAUCAAGGUGUAAUUUCAACUUUUGAGUCUCAUUAUUUAAGAAAUAUAUAUAUAUAUUUUUUUCUUUUUUUUACCAUUUAUAUAUAUAUAUAUUUUUUUUUUUUCUACUGUACAGCAUUGUGACCCAAUUACACUCACAU